AUGUCGCGACCUUCAUCCCCACGAAAGGACGACCCUGGCAAUUCUCGCGAUGCCGCACAAUUCCCACUUCCUCGCGCGUUUCCUUCGAAAUAUAUGCUCCUCAACGACGACGAGUCCGGCGAGCAAGACUUGGCCGGCCACUUUUCGACCCCCAGCGCACCGAACCAAGGCGAGAUCAGCAGUAAGGCGGACAGCCUUUUGCCACUGGAUGCGCCACAUACCCCUGCUCGUUCCCGUCGCAGCGGACGCAAAAGCCUCAGGACUCCGCCUGAUGUCCCGGUAAUAACAACGGUUCCACAAUCAGCCUUCACAUUGCUACUAGCUUCCCAUGCUCGAUUUCCUUUGAAUCCUUCCGUAUUCCACCACAGCGAUCUAUCGAACAACCUAUUUGUCCAAGCUGGAAUGGCUACGUGGACAGCUCCUGCCAACGACACUGCUAAAAACUAUACUCUGCCGACAACGUCACUUGCAAGUUCAGACGAGCCGGCUGAAGUCGAUCAGCUUGACAGCGCACCAAUGCCAGGCGCCUCAGUAGAAACGGUCCCAGAACCUCGGGCAUUUGACAAAAUUCUUCGCCAUCAAGCCUAUAAAGCUCGCAUUCAAGCUCGCCGUCAAUUUGUCACUAAUUUCCACAACAACGCAUUAUCGAAUAAAAUCUUCCUCGCGGCCUUAUCGGCGACGCGCGCAACUGCUACCCAGGACACCACACUAUCGACAACAGGAAUGAUCUCGCUUUCAAGCUCAGACGAGCCGGCUCAGAAACACGUGUUACCAUCUUCAGGCUCGGUGGAGAGCACCCAGGACGACGGUGCAACGCCGCCAACUCGCACACCACGCAAACGACUCCCUACCUCUGAACCCAAGCAAGAUCUCAGUCCGGUUUCGACAGAAGCGGCAUCUCCAAAUAAAAAGGCAACUUUUGUUAUCUCCCGCGAUGGCCCGCAGUUGACGUUUCUGGAGAUACGACUAUUGCUGACUUUUUACGACCACGCAAGUCCUACGAAGGUGUGCUCGUCACACACAACCGAACUUGCAAAGACGGCUCCGACUAGUGAAGACUCUGAAUUCAUCCAUCUCAAACCCACGGCCACUGCUGGACCAGAGCAAUCGCGACUGCUACCCUCGCCCGAUACAAUAUUGUUUGAGCAAACCACGAACGGAGGCGUAAACGAUGCUCCCGUAUUGGCAAGAGGACCAAGUUCGAGAAACGACGACAGCACCGCCAUCACCGAUGAACUCGCGAUUGCAAACUUUGCCGCCUCAACCACGAAUUCCGAUUCAGAGUACAUGGAACGUAAAGGAGUUGGGUGUACCGUCUUCGCUGCAUCACCGACAAGGGCCGAUGUACAACGUCUUAUUCGCGCCGAAGCUGAAACAGCACGAGUGACUUCCACUGUUGCUGAUGCAGCGCUGGGGAAUGGCCAGCGCCCACGUCUACAGACUACACACUCAAAUCAUUCCCGGAAUUGGAUUUACAAGUCAACGAGUUUGUAA